CCUGCACCGUCGCUCUUCUUUAUCCUGUUUCUUCUGUUGCAGCUGGUUGCCAGCUCAUGGGAUCAAGACUAAUUAUCCCGCUCCUACUAUAAUACCAUUGGAGAUGGUUGCCUCUUCCUCGCGUGUCCGCAGGGAGCAGCCUGUGUCGUCCCGGACAACACCAUCAUGGUUCCAGAGGAAGAUCACACCGGGACUACUCUCCCUCUCCCGGCUCGCAUCCUCGCACCCGAUACAUACGGUGGCCGUCGUGGCCUUGCUCAUGAGCUCCAUAUACACCAGCCUCCUGGAAGACAGUAUCUUCGAUGGAGGCAACCCCGGCCGGAAGGCAGAGUGGUCAUCGCUCACUGCGAGUAAUAGACGCCUCUACACGAGCUCAGAAUCCGAUUGGAACUGGCAGCUGGAUGAUUCCGAUGCCCCAAUUCCCACUGAGGUCGACCAUACCGUGCUCCUGACUUUGGUAUUCCCUGAGAUGACCGAAAGAACAUUCGCGGAAUCAAUGACGCCAAUGCUUCAAUUGCCUGGCAACCUGUCCAUCACGCAGUUGCCCCCCACAGCCAAAUCAUUCAACACAUACAACAAGGAGCAUGUCCUUGCUUUCUCCCUUCCUUACAGCCAGGCAUCUGACUUCUUGGCGAUGGCUCAGGAGGUCCCGUAUAGCAAUCCAGGUCAGGAGUUAGACCACGGAGAGCAGCGAAUGUGGAUAAUGAAGGCCGCACGAGUACAAAUGCAGAGCAGCCUAACGAAUUGGGCAGACGAUGCCUGGGUCGAGUUUGUGGACCUGCUCAAAAACUCCCAAACCCCUGAUAUUGCCAUUGUGCUGCUUGGAUAUGUCUUCAUGCACAUGACGUUCGCCUCGUUGUUCCUUUCCAUGUAUCGCAUGGGCUCGAAGUUCUGGUUGGCCACAAGUGUGCUAUUCUCAUCUACAUUCGCCUUUGUCCUUGGUCUGUUCGUCACUGUCGAGCUUGGAGUCCCUAUUAAUAUGGUACUCCUUUCCGAAGGCUUGCCAUUCUUAGUGGUUAUAGUCGGCUUCGAAAGGUAUGUUGGCCUCACGCGGGCCAUCUUGACACAUGCCACGGACCGUCGCAGCUCAACACAUGAUGAGGCCUCUUCUGCAAUUCAGUCCGCCAUCGAGUCUGUUAUCAGCGACAAGGGAUUCGAUAUCGUCAAAGAAUACGUGAUAGAAAUCGGAAUCCUUGCAGUAGGAGCAUUGUCCGGGGUACAGGGAGGGCUAGAGCAAUUUUGCUUCUUGGCUGCAUGGACUCUUUUCUUUGACAGCAUACUUCUCUUCUCGUUCUACACCGCAAUCGUUUGCAUCAAGUUCGAAAUAAAUCGGAUCAAGGGACACACCGACAUGCGCAGGGCGCUAGAAGAGGACGGAAUUAAUUCCCAAGUGGCCGAGAAUGUGGCCAUGAGCCACAGCAAAAGCCAGCCAGGGAAGAUUUUUGGCAAGAGUGCGCAAGUCCCUAGGUUCAAAGUCCUUAUGGUCGGCGGAUUUUUCCUAGUGAAUAUUGCGAGCAUGUGCAUGGUUCCCUUCCGCAAUACACACUCGGUUACGGACAUAUCAGAUUGGACUCGCGGCCUGGGUGGUGGUGUGGUGAUGUCUCCGCCGGUCGACCCCUUCAAGGUAGCCUCCAACGGACUUGAGGUGAUCCUGGACAGGGCCAAGUCAAGCGGUCAGGAUACAGUUGUUACAGUACUGACCCCUAUCAAGUACGAACUGGAAUUCCCAUCUGUCCACUAUGGCCUUGCCGGCAUGGAAGCGUCCCAUGAUGAGGACAUAUUCCUUGACCUGGGUGGAUACGGUGUCGGUGGCCGCGUCAUCGGUGGUUUGCUCAAGAGCUUGGAUGACCCCGUCUUUUGCAAGUGGGUAAUUGCAGCCCUGGUGCUCAGUGUUGCCCUCAAUAGCCAUCUUUUUAGCGCAGCUAGACAGGGUGUUAAGACGACGACUACAACGGGCCAGCCUACUACGCCCGAAAAGCCGGACAUCUCACAAAGGGUUGAACCUUCACCAUGCGAGUGCCAACGAGCUGUUGUUCCAUCCCCAGUCGCAAAUGGGUUCUUAGCUGGUGAUGAAUCGACUAAGGCCAAGCGCACCCAGGAAGAAAUAGUGCAGAUUCUCUUAGAGAAGCGCGCCCAUGAGCUGACUGAUGAGGAAGUUGUCGAACUCUCUAUGUGCGGAAAAAUCCCCGGUCAUGCGCUGGAGAGGACCUUGAAAGAUUUCACUCGUGCCGUAAAGAUUCGUCGCACCAUCAUAUCUCGCAACAAGGCUACAGCAGAUAUCACAAGUGCUCUUGAACAAAGUAAACUCCCAUAUGAGAACUAUGAUUGGUCUCGGGUCUUUGGUGCGUGCUGCGAGAACGUUGUGGGCUAUAUGCCAGUUCCGGUGGGCUUCGCGGGUCCUAUUAUCAUUGAUGGAAAGAGCUAUUUCAUCCCCAUGGCGACUACCGAAGGAGUCCUUGUCGCUAGCGCGAGCAGAGGAAGCAAGGCUAUCAACGCUGGUGGCGGUGCCGUGACGAUGUUAACAGCUGAUGGAAUGACCCGGGGUCCUUGUGUUAGCUUUUUAACCCUACAGCGCGCGGGGGCUGCUAAGAUCUGGCUUGACUCGGAACAAGGCCAAAUCACGAUGAAAAAGGCCUUCAACUCGACGACCCGUUUCGGACGACUCCAAUCGAUGACCACUGCUAUCGCCGGCACGAACCUUUAUAUCCGCUUCAAGACCACUACUGGAGAUGCCAUGGGCAUGAACAUGAUCUCCAAGGGUGUUGAAUACGCGCUAGAAGUCAUGAAAACUGCUGGGUUUGAGGACAUGAAGAUCAUAACCCUGAGCGCCAACUUUUGUGCCGACAAAAAGCCUGCAGCGAUCAACUGGGUUGAAGGGCGAGGAAAGAGCGUCGUUGCUGAAGCCAUCAUCCCCGGUGAUGUAGUCAAGAGCGUACUGAAAACUGACGUCGAAUCCAUGGUCGAGCUCAAUGUUGCGAAAAACAUGAUCGGGUCGGCUAUGGCAGGAUCUAUCGGAGGAUUCAACGCGCAUGCUGCCAACAUGGUCGCGGCCAUCUUUAUCGCGACAGGGCAGGAUCCGGCGCAGGUUGUAGAGAGUUCGAACUGCAUCACCAUUAUGAAGAAUCUUCACGGCUCGCUCCAGAUUUCAGUAUCCAUGCCCUCGAUUGAGGUCGGCACGCUGGGAGGUGGUACUAUUCUGGAGCCUCAAAGUGCCAUGCUUGACACACUCGGGAUCCGAGGACCACAUCCCACCGAGCCGGGUGCCAAUGCCCAGCAGCUCGCCCGCAUUAUCGCCGCCGCUACUUUAGCAGCGGAGCUGUCGCUCUGCGCCGCGUUGGCCGCGGGUCAUCUUGUUAAGGCACACAUGCAGCAUAACCGUGCCACUCCAGCGAAGUGAAGUUUAAACGCUGUACAUACUGCAUAUAUAGUAGGUGGGAGAGCGCCAUGGGUAGAUAGAGGGCUGCCCAGUUAGCAUACGUGACCAUGCAUAGAGAUCGCAUCAGAUGCAAUGAUUAUCAGCUUAUCAAGAAUGCAAGCUACUCUGCUUCUCCGCAUUUUCAGACUAGCGCGGUGAGAAAGGUUCGCCCAGCUCAGGCC